AUGACGUCCUGCAGCAAGAAGAAGAUGAAAGUCUGUCCUUCUGGGCCGGAGGAGCGCAGGAGACUCCCGCUGGAGACACUUCAUUCUGGGCCGGAGGAGCGCAGGAGACUCCCGCUGGAGACACUUCAUUCUGGGCCGGAGGAGCGCAGGAGACUCCCGCUGGAGACACUUCAUUCUGGGCCGGAGGAGCGCAGGAGGCUCCCGCUGGAGAGACUUCCUCCUCCCGCCAACUCCAACAAGCCUCUCACACCUUUCAGCAUUGAAGACAUUCUUAACAAACCCAACUGCAAGAAGAAAUCUUCUUCUUCUUCUUCUUCUUCGUCUUCUUCUUCGUCCUCCUCGUCUUCUUCUUCCUCCUCCUCUUCCGGCGGUCCGCCGACCUUGUUGCAAAAGUUGUCCGCUUCUCAUGCGGCCCGCGGCGGCCUCAGCUCGCCCUCGUCGCCGCUGUGCGCUCUGGAAGAACUUGCUAGUAAAACUUUCAAAGGACUCGAAGUCAACGUCAUUCAAGCCGCUCAAGGUGGCGAGCAGCUGACGUGCUUGGGCCAAAGACAGAACUCCAAGAAGAGGAGAAAGUCCCGGACGGCCUUCACCAACCAUCAGAUCUACGAGCUGGAGAAGCGCUUCCUGUACCAGAAGUACCUGUCCCCCGCGGACCGGGACAACAUUGCGCAACAGCUGGGCCUCUCCAACGCCCAGGUCAUCACCUGGUUCCAGAACCGGCGCGCCAAGCUGAAGCGGGACUUGGAGGAGAUGAAGGCGGACGUGGAGUCUCUGAAGAAGAUCACACCCCAGACUCUGCACAAGCUGGUGGCCAUGGACCAGGUGGUGGAGGAGCACCAGGUGGUGGAGGAGCACCAGGUGGAGGAGGCACACCUGCAGUCGCCGUCUUCCUCCAGAGGACGAACUACUGACGAGUUCUCGGAGGACGACGAGGAGGAGAUCGAAGUGGAUGAUUAA